GGGUGACGGUGUGGUUUCGAGAUGCGCGUUGCCGCGUUGCGCGGACUGAGCCGCGUGUCCCUCGGGACGCGCCGUAAAGCGGCGGAAGGUCCGGGAGCGAGCGGGAUAGCAGCGGCCCGAGCGGCCGAACGGCAGCGCCUCAUGCCGUGAGUACCGGACCCGCCCCGCUCACCGCCCCGGCCUCCCCGUCCCCGGCGGCGGCGGCGGCGGACAGCGCUUCCCCUACCGGGCCGUUAGAGUGCCACAUGUUAAUACGUAAAUUGCGAAAAUAUGGAUGGGGCUCUAAAUAUUAGACACACCUACAGUUUGUAUUAGAGCAACUGUCUUUGAAAAUUAGAGGUCACUGAGAAUUUCUCUAACAUGCCUUCUCAACGUGCCACUGUCAGCAAUGCUGAAUGCAAGGUUGUGCCCCAUACCAGGGUUGAUGAUGAAUUUGCUAUCCGGCAAAUAUACAGCUUUGGCCAAAGAUUAGGACAAGGCAGCUAUGGUGUGGUGAUUGAGGCCACCCAUAAUAGGAGUGGCAAAAAAUGGGCAAUCAAGAAGGUGAACCGAGAAAAGGCAGGGAGUUCGGCUGUGAAGCUACUGGAACGAGAAGUCAACAUCUUGAAGCAAGUGAACCAUGAACAUAUAAUUCAUUUAGAAGAGGUGUUUGAAACACCCAAACGAAUGUACCUGGUGACGGAGGUCUGUGAAGGUGGAGAGCUCAGUGCAAUCCUUCACAGAAAAAAACAUUUAAAUGAAAAUGAAACAAGGCAUGUGAUUCAUAGCCUAGCAAGUGCAAUUGCUUACUUACAUAAGAAUGACAUUGUCCAUCGGGAUCUAAAACUAGAAAACAUCUUGGUUAAAAACAUUGAAAACAGCAGUGAACUUGAUAUGAAGUUAAACAUCAAGGUGACUGAUUUUGGACUUUCUGUGCAAAAAGGGGGUGUUGGUAGUGACAAAAUGUUGCAGGCAACCUGUGGAACACCUAUGUAUAUGGCUCCGGAAGUUCUCAGUGCACACCAGUACACUCAACAAUGCGACACGUGGAGCAUAGGAGUCAUUAUGUAUACAUUGCUCUCCGGAGCACCACCAUUUGUGGCAAACUCAGAAGAGAAGCUUGCUGAAUUGAUAAACAGAGGGGAGCUUCACCUAGACAGCUCAGUUCUACAAAAGAUUAGUGAUGGUGCAAAGGAUGUGCUCUCACGUCUCCUCAAAGUGGAUCCUGCCCAUAGAAUCACAGCCAAUGAGCUCCUUGACAACCCAUGGGUCACGGGUGAUACUACAGCCACACAAAGACCAUCCAAUGUGCUUGAAAUGAUGAAGCAGUGGAAAGAUGACCUGGAUGGAGAUGAAGAAGGAUUAAAUUCAAAUAUUUCUCUACCAAGCAGUGUUUGCCAAAAUAGACGGACUAGCCAAGAAGAUGGAGAGAGUCCUACCAGCAGCAAUUAUGUCUCUGAUAGUUCCAGAGAAAUUGAUGCUGGCAGUAAUCAGCCCUACACUCCAGCAAAGCAGAGCGUUAAGAAGAAUAUCAUUGCCGGCUUUCCUGGUGACGGGCCAUUUGCUUUGAAGAAAACUAACAAGUUCAGCAAUAAUCCUCCUGGGAACAACAAGGCUUCUCCAAAACUAAGCAUGAAACGAUCACCAUUGCAAGAUAAACAAGCGUGGUCACCCACACAUCUGAACACAGCAAUAAGAUCUGGUUCAAUCUCUGGUAAGCCAGAGCUACGUAGAUCCAUAACCCCAACCAAUAAUGGCUCUGGAUAUAAACACACAAUUAAGUCUAUUCCCAAAACCAAAAAGAGCACAUAGAAUAUAGAAUUUUAACAGCAUACCCACCUAUCUUCAAAAUGAGCCAAAGGCAAUACUUCAAAAAGGACAAUGGAUUAGAGUUCAGGAUGAAUUUGGCUUUUCUUUGUGCCACUGACCACAAUGAACGCUGAUGGGCAUGAUGCUUUUUUUUCCAAUGUCCUCAAUAUGUUUCACAUGAUUUAUACAAAUUGCAAAAACAAAUUGAACCAAGGAAAUUGUUCACAUUAACUUUCUUGAGGUGUACAUUGAUUUCUUUAGGUAGAGUCUGGGUUAAAGAGGUGUUAAUACUGUUGAAAUCAGAAAUAAUUUAUUUAAAGUAUUUGUCUUUGUUUUGUUUGCACAUUAGAUUCACUGUCAUUGCUUAUUUAUUUUGUGGCUGCCUGCUGAAAGUUGGAAGGAGCCAAUGUUAUCGGCAAGAAUUAGAACAUAUUUUUCUGUACAGUUAAUUGUCUAAGCAUGAAGAAAUGUAUUUUUCGUCAAUUAUUUAAAGGACUUGCAUCCACCACAAGUAUUCAGCCAUUUUUAAUCUAUAAAUUGAAUUGACUGCAGUGUUAAUCUUAGGAGUUGCAAAUUGAACAAUUUGCCACUGACUUCUACAAAGGAUUAAAACAUGUAAUAUAUGUUAGAUAAACAACCUCUUAUUUUCUCAAUAAUUAAUGUAAAAAUGUUCUUUAUGUGGCUAAUUGUAAUGCAAAUAAAUGGGGUUGUAGC